AUGUCGUCUACGCCUUCCUCUAUUUCCGCCAACUGGCCUGCACCAAACUAUGUGAACCCAGAAACUAGAGGUCCUGCAGGCAAGAUUGUGGGCAUAACACUGGUAUCUAUUGCCACGGUGAUCAUAGUUCUUCGGUUGUACACGAGGCACUUUAUCUCCAAGGGCUUCGGCCUCGACGACAUACUCAUAGUACUCUCCUAUGUUCCCGCCACAGCCUUUGCCAUACUUGGGGUCUAUGGCGAAACAAACCUUCAAUGGAACAGACACAUGUGGGAUGUUGAUCCCAGGCUUUUUGUCCCCUCUCUCCAAUUCAGCCUGGCAGAACUGAUACUAUUCGAUUUAUCGACUACAACCACAAAACUAUCAAUGCUUGCCAUGAUUUAUCGCUUGACAUCCAGUGCCAAUAAUCGCGCGAUGAACAUAACUGUGCAAGUGCUGGCCGCCAUAGUCGCGGUCAACGGCUUCACCUUCAUCCUCGUCGUGAUUUUCCAAUGCAGGCCCAUCUCUGCCUACUGGACGAUUACCGGCGCCCCCAGAAAAUGUAUCAACGAAGCUGCGCAUCUUCUCUUCGCUGGCAUCGUAAAUACACUAGAAGACUUUAUACUGGUCUUCUUGCCAAUGCGGACUGUUCUCAACCUCGACCUGCCGAAGAGACAGAAGAAAAUUGUCAUCGGCCUCUUUGGGGUCGGCUUCUUAGCCUGUGCCGCUGGAGUGGUUCGAACCGUAUACUCGUGGAUCAUGAAGACGGCCGAUAAUCACGACACGACCUGGAAUCUGUGGGCUGUCUGGGUGGCAAGCAUUGUCGAGUUAUACCUAAGUAUUAUCUGCGCAUCCAUUCCAGCAAUCAAGCCCUUUUUCGCAACCUACCUCCCCCUCGUGAUUGGCUCGACCCUCCACCUGCGCAAGUCAUCGCGCUACUCCAACGAUGCCAAGCAUCCAUACUCGCCCAACGUCUUCUCCGGCUCGGCCACCAGUUUCCAGACCUUCAUAGGUGGACCUGAUGCGCCUAUGCUCCCACUCUAUAAGCCAAGCAAGACGGUGUCUCACAAGAAGACACCAAGCACCGAGGGGCUUCUCAUCAACAACAGUAGCAAUAAUAACUACAGUAGCACUACUACCAAGGGGCCGGCGCUACUCCAGAAGAAACCGUCCAACGCGGACCUGAACAAGCCGCUGCCCGCGAUCCAGUCUCAGAGACAGUCGGUCCUGCAGCCGGCGCCCCUGGCGUCCCGGUUCUCGGAAGACAGCGUGAGAGAGUACGCGAGUCAAAGGAACGCGCUGCGUUUCACCAACUCGUCGGUUGUGACGUCGCCGACCGGAUCUGCGGCCGCGGAGGACCGCACGACCGUGUUCAUCGUGUACGACAACGGGCACGGGCGCGCGUUUUGA